AUGUGGGAGAAGUUCCAAACCAUCUAUACGCUGCUGGACAAUGGCAAAACGUUUGAUACGCCAGAGAUGCUGCUGAAGCAAAUCGGCCUGUAUGAUCUCACUCAGGUCUCCAUGUAUGAGUGGUUGCGUGAAAGUUAUGGUGCGUCGAUAGAUGCCCUGGCGAAGGAGUUGAUCGGGGGAGUAAAUCUCGUAAAUUACGGCCAAACAAAUGAGGAGCUGAAUGCGCUGGCAGGCCAUGUGUCCAUGCUACCCGCAACCGAGCCAUCGGUAUUCCGGAUCAAGGGUGGCAACAGCCAGCUGGCACCCUGCGUGUUUGCGGUGGCCAACGCCACUGUGCGCACCCCUGUGGCUGUUACCUCGGUAGAGCGCCUGCCGGAUGGUUUCUGGCUGGAGGUGCAGGAGCAAUGCACAGCCGCGCCAGGGCGGGCGAUGGUGCGGGAAUGCGCCGCCACCUACCAGGGGCCCUAUGGCGCUGUCAUCAUCGCCACGCCGCUGGAGAGCAGCGGUCUGGCCUUCCCGGGACGCGCCACCCUGCCAGCCAUCCCCGCCCGCAAGUUCGUCCAGACAGUGGUGACCAUCAUCCUUGGGGCCGUGCGCCCCUCGUACUUUGGCGUUUCGCAGAUGGACUAUGGGGUUGUGAUGGUAACAGAGGAUGCACAGGUGCCUUGGAGCUCGCUGAGCCUGGUGGGCCGCACCGCCUCCAACCAAACCCUCUGGAAGAUGUUCAGCCGCGAGCCCCUGCCCCACGCGUGGCAGGAAAUUUUGUUCGAGAAGGGCUUUUUGGUAGUCGUAGAAAAGAUCUGGUCCUCGCCUGGAGCGUACCCAAUAUUCGACCCACCUGAAGACUUUGCCCCAUUCACGCUGGGGGACGGCCUGUUCUACGCAGCUGCGCUCGAAAACGCUGCAAGCGCCUUGGAAAUGGCGGCCAUUGAGGGGCGCAUGACAGCGCUGCUAGCAGCCAAGCACCUGAGUGCGGCAGCAGAGAAGCAGCGCUCACAGCAGGAGGUUGAGGCGGGGCUGGAGCGGCAGGGCGGGUCCAGCCAACACGUGUUGGCUCAGCAGGGCCGGGGUGCCAAGCAGCAAGGCACAGCUGCUGCCGCCUGA